AUGGCCAUUGCCAAACUCCUCCCCGUUCUCCUAAAGAACAAGAACACCAUCCUCGAGGAUGGGCUGGACCCCCGAGCACACGCUCAACGAGGCGCCAACACCGGCAUCUCUUACGGAAAGAAAGCCGCGACAGCCCCACUCAAGGCAUGGGAGAACAUCCCCCGUCUCGUCGUCAGAGGCUUGCAAUUCGUGCUGGGUCUGGUCAUCGUGGGACUCUACGGCCACCGCGUCGACAAACAGCACCAGGAGGGCGGCCUGCACUCCCCCGAAUGGAUUUACGGUCUGAUCGUCGGGGCGCUCUCGUGCGUGACGGCCGUUGCGUUUGCCGCCGCAGCGCCAUUCGGCACGGUGUCGAACAAGUUCAAGACCGCCCGGCUCUUCUCCUGGGACUUGACGCUGUUCCUCCUGUGGAUCAUCGUGUUUGGAAUCUUCGGCGGGAUCUUCCUCCACCGGGACAACGAUGACUCGUACAAGGGCAGCAGCACCGCUGUCGAGAAGGGGGCUGUUUGGCUGGACCUUGUCAACGCCAUUUUCUGGCUGAUCUCUGGGGUCUACGGAUUCAUCAAGACCUUCCUGGGUGGAAAGGUUGAUACCCUCGGAGAAAAGGUCACUGGAAAGGUGUUCGGACAGAAGGAACCUCGGCCAAACAAGGAGAUGUACGAGACGGUCUAG